AUGUCAAAAGUCCAGCCCGCGUUCCCGUUUAUUACGGCCCCACAAUUCAUUUUGGCGGUGCUCAGGGAUUCACUGGGGGCCAAGAGAUCGCGAGAAUGCAGACGGACGUGCAGUGACCUCAGUCUGCAUUCUCACAAUCUCUUGGACGUCACAGGAUUCGCAGGAUUUGGUGUGUGCGAUCGCGGGAUUUGGUUCCUUCUCCCUGCUGAGACAGAAAGAGAGAAUGGACAGAAUAAAAAGGGACAGAAUAAAAAGGAACAGAAUAAAAAGGGACAGAAUAAAAAGGGACAGAAUAAAGAGAGACAGAAUAAAGAGAGACAGAAUAAAAAGUGA